AUGGGUAAAGAAGUUGUGUUGGACAUUGCUCCCAAAUGCAUUGAUGGGUUAGAAUUUUCUGCCCUUUCCGCCAAGGAUAUUGUCGCGCAAUCGGAGGUUGAGAUCCAGACUAGGGACUUGUACGAUUUGGAGAAAGGUAGAGUCCCGAAGGAAGGUGGAGCUUUGGAUACGAGAAUGGGUAUCUCGUCUAACUCGUCUGAAUGUGCUACAUGUCAUGGUAAUCUUGCGUCAUGUAAUGGUCAUUUCGGACAUAUCAAACUUGCAUUGCCAGUUUUCCACGUGGGAUAUUUCAAGGCUGUCAUUUCAGUGUUGCAAUGUGUUUGCAAAAACUGUGGUGCUAUAUUGCUAGAACCUCAAACAAAACGUCAAUUUUUGUCAGAGUUGAGGCGACCCAACAUUGACAAUUUGAAAAGGAUGAAAAUUUUGAAAAAGAUCAAUGAUCAGUGCAAGAAGCAACGACGCUGUUUAAAGUGCAGUCACGUGAAUGGUGUUAUAAAGAAGGCUGCCAGUGGUGCUGGACCUGCAUCGUUGAAGAUUGUUCAUGAUACUUUUAGAUGGAUUGGUAAAAAGGAUACCCCGGAAAAGAAUAUUUGGGAUGAGGAUUUGGACUUGGUUUUUAAACGUAACCCAGAUUUGGAGAAAUUUGCCAAAAAAAUACAAGAGGAUUUCAAUCCGUUAAAGACUUUGAAUUUGUUCAAGCAAAUCAUUCCUGAAGAUUGCGAGUUACUUGGAAUGGACGCAUCUAAAGGUGGAAGACCCGAAAUGUAUAUUUGGCGAUAUCUACCGGCUCCUCCAGUUUGUAUCAGACCCUCAGUUAUGAUGGAUGCACAAUCGAAUGAGGACGACCUCACAGUUAAACUCACGGAGAUCGUUUGGACAUCGUCAAUGAUCAAGGCAGGAAUUGCCAAAGGUAUUUCCAUAAACAAUUUGAUAGAACAAUGGGACUACUUGCAACUUUCUGUGGCAAUGUACAUCAAUUCUGACGCAGCAAAUCCAGCUUUGAUGUCAGGAGGAGGAGGAGGAGGUGGUGGUGGUUCGAAAUCUGCUAAACCCAUACGUGGCUUUUGCCAGAGAUUAAAAGGUAAACAGGGUCGUUUUAGAGGAAAUUUGUCAGGUAAAAGAGUUGAUUUUUCUGGAAGGACUGUCAUUUCACCAGACCCAAACUUGAAAAUAGACGAAGUUGCAGUACCUGAUCGAGUAGCCAAGGUUUUGACGUAUCCUGAGAAAUGUACACGAUACAAUAAGAAAAAAUUACAAGGUUUGGUUAUAAAUGGGCCCGAUGUACACCCUGGAGCAAACUAUGUGAUGAAGCAGAAUGAAGCUGGUAAGAGAAACUUGAGGUUUGGAGAUCGUAUCAAAUUGGCUAAAUCUUUACAAAUUGGAGACGUCGUUGAACGUCACAUUGAAGAUGGGGAUGUCGUCUUGUUCAACCGUCAACCGUCAUUGCACAGGCUAUCAAUCUUGGCGCAUUAUGCCAAAGUUCGCCCAUGGAGAACAUUCAGAUUGAAUGAGUGUGUUUGUACGCCUUAUAAUGCCGAUUUCGAUGGUGAUGAAAUGAACUUGCACGUACCUCAAACUGAAGAGGCGAGAGCAGAAGCAAUCAACUUGAUGGGUGUGAAAAACAACUUGUUAACUCCCAAAUCUGGUGAACCAAUUAUUGCCGCCACCCAAGAUUUCAUAACCGGUUCGUAUUUAAUUUCGCACAAGGACUCCUUUUUUGAUCGUGCCUCGUUGGUGCAGUUAUUGAGUAUGAUGUCGGAUGCUGAUAUACAGUUUGAUAUCCCACCACCAGCAAUUAUGAAGCCAGUCAUGCUUUGGACCGGUAAGCAAGUCUUUUCAUUACUCAUCAAACCAAAUAGGCAAAGUAAAGUUGUGAUCAACUUGAAUGCUAAAAAUAAGACAUUCCAUCCACCUGCUAAAGGGUUACCAAGUGAAAUGUCGCCAAACGAUGGGUUCGUCAUAAUCAGAGGAUCUCAAAUUCUUAGUGGGCUUAUGGAUAAGUCCACAUUGGGAGAUGGUAAGAAACAUUCGGUGUUUUACACGAUUCUUCGAGACUAUGGUCCACAAGAAGCUGCGGCAGCAAUGAAUAGGAUGGCAAAGUUGUGUGCAAGGUUUUUGGGCAAUCGCGGGUUCUCAAUUGGCAUUAAUGAUGUCACACCAGCUCACGACUUGAAACAAAAGAAGGAGUUGAUGGUUGAGCAAGCGUAUCUCAAGUGUGACAAGUUGAUUGAUUUGUACAACAGAGGUAAGUUGGAAACCCAGCCUGGUUGUAACGAGGAACAAACAUUGGAGGCCAAAAUUGGAGGGUUGUUGUCAAAGGUCAGAGAAGAAGUGGGUGAUGUUUGCAUUCGUGAGUUGGAUUCUUUGAACGCUCCGUUGAUUAUGGCCACAUGUGGUUCUAAAGGUUCCACUUUGAAUGUGUCUCAAAUGGUGGCUGUUGUGGGUCAGCAAAUUAUAUCUGGACAUCGUGUUCCUGAUGGUUUCCAGGAUCGUUCGUUACCCCAUUUCACCAAGAACUCGAAAACGCCACAAUCAAAAGGGUUUGUUCGAAAUUCCUUCUUUAGUGGAUUGUCACCACCGGAAUUCUUGUUCCAUGCCAUUUCGGGAAGAGAAGGGUUGGUUGAUACUGCUGUGAAAACUGCAGAGACAGGUUAUAUGUCGCGUCGUUUGAUGAAAUCUCUUGAAGAUCUUUCUUCACAGUAUGAUAACACUGUCCGUAAUUCGUCAAAUGGUAUAGUUCAGUUUACCUAUGGUGGUGAUGGGUUAGACCCAUAUGAUAUGGAAGGUGACGCGAAACCAGUGAAUUUCGUGAGACAGUGGGACCACGCAUACAACGUGACCUACGAUGUCAACGACAAGCCUUUAUUGCCUUACGAGAUUAAUGAACUAGCGGAUAGGACAUUAAAACCACUCGUUGACAAGGUUGCUGUUGUUGGCAGUGACAGUCAAAGCAGGGAUGAUUUAGUUGAUCAAAAAGAUGCCGAGAGAGCAUUCUACGAGUCAGUUAGAGAGUUUUUAAGAGACAAAGCAGAAGCUCUUGCACGGAUAAGAGAGAGCAGAGGAUUACAACCAUUCUACACCAGAGUGAAUGAAGAUGACAUUCAAUUGGAUGACGACGAUGUCAAGAUCAACGCGGUUAACCAGUUGAUGAAGAUAUCUCACAAAGCCGCCAAGGAGUUUAUGAAGCAAUGUUUGUACAAGUAUUCGAGAGCAAAAGUAGAGCCAGGUACAGCAGUUGGUGCUAUUGGAGCGCAAUCCAUUGGUGAGCCAGGUACGCAAAUGACUUUAAAGACUUUCCAUUUCGCUGGCGUGGCAUCUAUGAAUGUCACUUUGGGUGUGCCUCGUAUUAAGGAGAUUAUAAAUGCAUCCAAAACAAUUUCAACACCAAUCAUCAAUGCUGUUUUGGUAAACGAUGACGACGAAAUUGCUGCGCGUGUGGCGAAGGGAAGAAUCGAAAAGACAUUGUUGAAGGAUGUGGCAUUUUACAUUGAGGAUGUUUAUAAGGAUAAUAUGGCUUACUUGGCUAUAAAGGUGGAUUUGGAAACGAUUGACAAGUUGCAAUUGGAAUUGACUAUUGAAAACAUUGCACAAGCCAUUUGCAAAGCCCCCAAGUUGAAGAUUGCGCCUGCGGAUGUCGUCAUCACCGGUAAAAACAGAAUCAAUGUGUUGUGUAAUGUCAGCGACUCAAAAGUUGAUAGCUUAAAGUCAGUGAGCGAUUCGCCCAAUGCACUUUUCUUUAGAAUGCAAACAUUGAAAAGAGUAUUGCCUGACAUUUGCAUCAAAGGGUUGCCAAACAUUUUCCGUGCCGUGAUCAAUAUCAAAGAUGAUGGAAAGAAGGAGUUACUUGUUGAGGGAUAUGGUUUGAAAGAUGUCAUGAACACUGAAGGGAUUGUAGGUACCAAAACCACCACAAAUCAUGUUUUAGAGGUGAAUGAAAUUUUAGGUAUCGAGGCUGCUAGAGGAUCCAUCAUUAGAGAGAUUGAUUACACAAUGAGUAACCACGGUAUGAGUGUUGAUCCUCGUCAUAUUCAACUAUUAGGAGACGUCAUGACUUAUAAAGGUGAGGUCUUGGGUAUUACAAGAUUUGGCCUUAGUAAAAUGCGUGAUUCAGUUUUGCAGUUGGCCUCAUUUGAGAAAACAACUGACCAUUUGUUUGAUGCUGCCUUCUUCAUGAAGAAGGAUAAGAUUGAGGGUGUUUCUGAAUGUAUCAUUUUGGGUAAAACCAUGAGUGUUGGUACGGGGGCUUUUAAGUUGGUGAAGUCCUCCAAUUACGAUGAGAAGGUGUUGAAAAGAAAGGGUACGUUGUUUGAAUCUUGUUGCGAGGUGAGUAGUGUUGCAUGA